CCAACAGCUUCACCCGGCUCACUGGAUCUGAGAGGUCAGAGGUUGCGGGUGCCGCUGCCGAAGGCUGUGGUGGACCUGGCUGAAUCGUGGAUUCAGAGCUACAUUGCGGGUUUGGGGUGGAUCGCGGGUUGGGGCUGGAUCGCGGAUUUGGGGCUGGAUCGUGGAUUUGGGGCUGGGUGGGAGUGGAAAGGCCACGAGGAGCCGCGGCGGCUCAGGAGCGGGUGGUUGGCGGCUGAGAAGAAGAAGUCGCCAACAUGAGGAAGCUCUUCAGCUUUGGGAGACGCCUGGGCCAGACGGUCCUGGGCUCCAUCGAGCGCGACGAGUACGCGGGUCCCGGGUACCACAUCCGGGACGCGGAACUGCGGAAGAUCCACAGGGCUGCCAUCAAGGGCAACGCCGCAGAGGUGGAGCGCUGCCUGAGGUGCAGGAGCCAGGACGUGGACGCCCGCGACAAGAAGGGCAGGACCCCUCUGCAUUUGGCCUGUGCAUAUGGCCAUGUGGCAGUGGUCACUCUGUUGGUGAGCAGAAAGUGCCAGAUUGACAUCGAUGACGGACUAAACAGGACCCCGUUAAUGAAGGCUGUACAUGGUCAGAAGGAGGCUUGUUCCAUUAUUCUGCUGGAACAUGGCGCCAAUCCAAACAUUCAAGAUGUCUACGGCAACACUGCUCUUCAUUAUGCUAUAUAUAAUAGCGUGACUUCACUGACAGAAAAACUGCUCUCCCACCAGGCAAAUAUUGAAGCAAUAAACAAGGAGGGAAACACGCCACUUUUACUUGCUAUAAUUUGCAAGAGGCAGCAAAUGGUGACAUUUUUAGUGAAGAACCAGGCAAAUGUACACGCUGUUGACAAUUUCAGAAGAUCAGCCCUCAUGCUUGCCGCACAUCAUAACUUGCCAAGUAUAGUCAGCCUUCUCCUUGAACAAAAUGUUAGUGUCUUUUCUCAGGAUAUGUUUGGACAAACAGCAGAAGAUUAUGCUGUUUGUUGUGAUUUGAUAAGGAUUCAACAACAAAUUCUGGAACAUAAAAACAGGAAAUUUAAAAAUCAUCUUCAAGAUGACAAUCGAGUAGAACAUGACUUAAAAGUGGCUUCAGAGGAAACAAAAGAAAGGCUCAAGAGAAGUGAAAAUACACAGCCACAGGAUUUUCAAAGUCAUGGAAAAAAGAAGGAUGUCAUGUAUGAAAAUUGCAUGUUGAAGAGGGAUACUGCCGUACUCAGACAGAAAUUAUACACAAUAAAAAAUGCCAGUCUCAGAAAGGAAAAGGAACAUAUUCUGGAAAUUAAAAGUAUUCGAGAAAUAAAUGCUAACUUUCAAAAGAGUGUAAGACUCAAUGAGGAAAUGAUAACAAAAACAAUAUCACAGUAUUGUCAACAGCUUAAUGAAUUCAAAGCUAAGAAUACAAGGCUGAAUUCAGAACUGGAGAAGGUAAAACACAACAAGGACAGAGUGGAAGCUGAAAUUGCAUUCCUCCGUUCCAUCCUGGCUGCUGCUGUAAAUGGGCACAAUGAAAGGGUGAAAACAAAAUACCUACAAGUUGCUUUACAGAGAGCACAAGAUGUUUCUGUACGAGAAAUAAUGACUUCUAAUAUUUCUCAACUGAAAGAUAAGAAUGAGUUGCUUACGGAACAACUUUCUAACGCUCAGAUGAAGUUCCAUAUGUUAAAAGAGAAGCUCCAUGAGACAAGAGAUGCUCUCAGGGAAAAGACAUCGGCUUUAGAAAGUGCAGAGAGGGACCUAAGGCAAAAGCGGCAUCGAAUAAAGGAAAUGGAGCAGAUGCGUCUAAAUGAGGAAGCUAAAGAGAGUCAGUUCAUUGGAAAGCAGAACUGUGUAGAGGAGAGAAUACAUCAAGUAGAAUGUGAAAAUCUCUUGCUUGAACAACUACUAGAGGCUGCUUGUAAGGAAGGCAAUAAUGAAAAUAUAGUAAUUAAUACCCAAGGAGGCUGGGAUGAGUGUGUAAAGGAAGGUCUUCUUCUAGAAGAGAAAAAUAAAGAAUUAAUUAAUGAAUAUAAUUAUUUAAAAGAAAAACUGUUUCAGUAUGAAAAAGAAGAAGCAGAAAUAAAAGUGAUUGUGAGACAACUUCAAGAAGAACUGGCUGGUAGCCUUAAAAACGUACCUAUGCCAGAGUCUCCACUGGAAGGUACAUCACAUUGUCACAUUAAUUUGGAUGAGACACGAGCUUCAAAGAAAAAAUUAUUUCAAGUAGGAAGUCAGCCCAAAGAAAAGGAAGAAUUAAGAAAACUUUUUGAGUUAAUAUCAUCACUGGAGUAUAAUGUGGAUCAAAUAAGAAAGAAAAAUAACGAAUUAGAAGAAGAGACAACUGGAUAUAAGAAACUCCUAAAAAUGACAAUAAGUAUGUUAAAUGUAUUUGGAAAUGAAGACUUCCGUUUCCAUGGAGACUUAGAAACAGAUCAACUGAAAAUGGAUAUUCUGAUUAAGAAGAUAAAACAGAAGCUUGAUGAUCUUAUAGCAGAGAAGGAAGCUGUAUCUUCAAAAUGUAUCAAUUUGGAUAAAGAAAAUCAAGUUAUUCAACAGGAGUUAUUAUCUAUGAAAAAAGUACAAGAGAAAUGUGAAAAACUUGAGGAGGAUAAAAAGAUGUUGGAAGAAGGAAUAUUAAAUCUUAAGACACAUAUGGAAAAAAAUAUGAUAGAAGUUGGUAAAGUACAAGAAUAUAAAUUGGAGCUGGAAGAAAGGGCAAUGCAGGCAAUAGAAAAAUUAGAAGAAAUCCAUUUACAGAAACAAGCAGAUUAUGAAAAACAAUUAGAGCAGCUAAAAAAAGAGAAUACAGCUUCACAAAAUGAGAUGGAACUCAAGACUAAAGAUGUGGAAUGUAAACUCUCCAAAAUAAAAACUGCUUAUGAAGAGGUUACAACUGAAUUCGAAGAAUAUAAGGAAGCCUUUGCAAUAGCAUUAAAAGCUAACGAUUCCAUGUCAAAGAAAUACAUGAAAUCGAAGAAGAAAAUGGCAGUGUUCAGCACCAAGCUCUUUAUGGAGAAAGAGAGGAUGAAAUCUUGUCUCAGAACUCUUCCUACGAGACCAGACCCAGAGUCACCUUAUGUUGAAAAUCUUAAUAGCAUAGGAUGCAACAGAAAAUAUAUUCCUGAAACACCCGUAAGAAUUCCGACUUCAGGGCCGGGUGCGGUGGCUCACGCCUGUAAUCCCAGCACUUUGGGGGGGCCAAGGCAGGUGGAUCACGAGGUCAAGAGAUUGAGACCAUCCUGGCCAACAUAGUGAAACCCUGUCUCGACUUAAAAUACAAAAAAUUAGCUGGGCACAGUGGCGCGUUCCUAUAAUCCCAGCUACUCGGGAGGCUGAGGCAGGAGAAUUGCCUGAACCCAGGAGGCAGAGGUUGCAGUGAGCCGAGAUCGCGCCAUUGCACUCCAGCCUGGGUAACAAGAGCGAAACUCCGUCUCAAAAAAAAAAAAAAAAGAAUUCCUACUUCAGACCCACAGACUUCAAAUAACUGCAAGAACGACUUGACUGAGCAAUUCCAUUCUGCAUCUCCUUAGGACUCCCCCGGACCACCCAGGACAACCUCAUCAGGGCUCUGACACCAGGCCCAGUCCAGCUCCUUGAAAACCAAGUCUCAGGUCCAGAGACAACUGCCCUGCAUGGUGCCUGCAUCUCAGUCACCUUGGUGGGUAGUGACCAGCACAACAUGGAAGAAGCCAGGGCAGCAUGCACCCAGCUGCCCUGCGGCCCCAGGGACUCCUGGGCCUUUGGAAGUCAUUAUCAAAGGAGAAGCUGGUCACUUUGAGGUCUCUGGAGGGAAGGGUGAACAUGGUAUCCUGACAACCCUGGCAGCCAGCAGCAAGAAUACAUCUCAGCCAACCUGUGGGACAGAGGACCAUUCCUGGGGCACAAGUGUUACACCUAAAGUGCCCUAACCCAGUCUGGUCUCAUUCUGAGCCCCCAAAGGGGAGGGGCACCAUGGGCCCCCCAGCAGCAUCCAGGAUUACCGUCCAGGGGACUCAGCCUUCUGUGACCCUGGCCAGACUUAGAAUUCGGCCCAAGACAGGACAGUCUCACUCAGAGUACUGUGUCAUUACCUAGGGCCUGUGCAUGCCAGGCAAGGCCAAGCUGGCUCAAAGAGCAACCAGCCACCUCUGUAAGGGUGUGCCUGGAGCAGGUGCACCAGCCACCAACCUCACCCACUCAAGGAAGCAGGGGUGGCUAGGUUCCCACAGCUUGAGUGGCCACCAGCUGAUGGCUGAUGGAGCGGAGGCCCGGGGAAAAGAAAUGGCACUGGGGCCCUACUUCUACGGCAGAAUAACUGAUUUAGCCUUACUGAGAGAGAGUGAAGUUGGUGGCUGGUCCUGCUCCUGGCAUACCCUUGCAGAGGUGGUUGGUUGCUCUUUGAGCCAGCUUGGCCUUGCCUGGUGUGCACGGGCCUGAGUGCAACAAGUGUGCUGUAAAUGGAGCCACAUCACGGGCAUGAGCAGCAGGCUCGGGAGCAGGGUGUGUGUGCUGCCUUUGGGGCCCCAGUCCAUGCAUCAGGGCUCUUACAGCACUGCGGGCUUCUUGAGUACCACAGGCCAUCUUGAGAACUUCAUGUCCAAGUGCAGAAAGGGCCCAGUCUGGUAGAUGAAUCACAUGGCCAGCUUCUGGGUGUGGGCACAGUGCCACAUUAUCCAUCACUUCCUCAUGUGCCCCAGCAGCACUGAAGAGACAGCCUAGAAACAGGGCAAGAGGAAGGCUGAGAAGGAUGAGAUGGUGAGUGCCAACUUCUUUCUGACCCUGAGCCCACCCCCAGGGUGGCCCUCAAAGUUUAGGAGUGGGAGAGCAAGAUUGACAACUUUGAGUGUUUCACCAAGAAGAUGGAUGACAGGGCACUCAUCUCAACUUCACGGCCAAUGAGUUGACAUGCAAGCAGAUGAGAGUGAAGGCUUUACAAAAGAGCAUCAGAAGGUGGCCAGUUCUUCAGCCUCAGCCAGGCCCUAGAGCUGGAUCAGCCCAUCCGCUUCACCAAAGAUGACUUCAUCACCAUCAGUGAGCAAAUUUGCCAGUCAGCACAGGCAGGACCUGGACCCAGUCAUGGACCUGUUAGUGCUUCUCAGGGACACCAGGUCAACAUCCUGGACAUCAUCCACAAACACAGGAAGCUCUUACCAAAGUCAUGGAGAGCAGAUAACAUGUGACAGAAAGGAAUACAGAGGUGCAGAGGCUGAUGACGUAAGGAUCACAGAAACAGGAUUUCUUUGGCCACAUUGGCUGAAAUUCACCCCUUCAAUCCAAUUCUAUUGAGAGACUUGAAAUCACAGACGUAGCAUUUCUUGCAACAAGAGAUACUAUUUUUUUUCCAAAAAGUCACCCAGGAAUUGAUAUGUGUUGAAAGACUAGGUAUUGGAUUGUGGACUUUUUCCAGUGCAAGGAUACUUUCUACAGCAGAAGAAAUCACACUAUUAAAGAGCUAGUGCCAGCUAUCCAUGGUACUACAAGGUGGUUUUGUGUUCAAAGGAAACCCAGCUGAGUAUAGAAUUGUGUAGAAAACAGUUAAUAUGGUGAUGGAAGUAGCAAACAGUAACUAAGUCAUACUAUGAGCACCUAUAUUACCAUUGUAAUUUCCGGAAGAAUGAUAAUGCCUCUUACUUUAUUACUUUUUGAAGUAAGAAUAUUUUAGUGUAUAUGCUGUAGACCUCAAACCCCAUGAAGAGUCUCAAAGAAGCUGGCUGGAUAAAAAAUGCUGUGGAUGUCCUUAUACUCAAAGAUUGAUGAUGCACUUUGGAUAUAUGUCCCCACCAUAUCUCAUGUUGAAUUACAUUUCCUCAUGUUGAAGGUGAAACCUGGUGUGAUGUGAUUGAAUCAUGAAGGCAAAUUUCUCAUGAAUGGUUUAGCACCAUCCCCUUGCUACUGUCCUCACAAUCAGGAGUGACUUGGCAUGAGAUCUUGUCAUUGAAAACUCUGUCACCUCCCUACUCUUCAUGUUUUUCUCUUACUGUGUGAGACAAUUCACUCUUUGCCUUCCAAGAUGAUUGAAAGAUUUCUGAGGCCUCCCGGAAGCAGAAGCCACUGUGCUUCCUGUUCACCCUAUAGAACCAGGAGCCAAUUAAACCUCUUUUUCAAAAUAAAUCAUACAGAACAUGGCAAAUGAGGAUUGAAGCAUUGCUAUAAAGAUACCUGAAAAAGUGUGGAAGCAGCUAUGGAACUAGGGAAUGGGCAGAGAUUGGAAGAGUUUGGAGGGCUGAAAAGAAGACAGAUAGAUGAGAACAUUUUUGGACCAUCUUAGAGACUGGUUAAAUGGUUGUGACCAAAAAAAAUGCUGACAGAAACAUGAACAGUGAAGGCCAGGCUGAGGAGGUCUCAGAUAAAAAUGAGAAAGAUUCUGAAAAAUGUCUUCCUUUUGGAUAUGCAAAGAUUACGCAAUGCCUGUAUCAUCAUUGCACAUUAGAAGCAGUGAACUUGCUUUUUAUUUCAGAGGCUCAUAGGCAAAAGAAACUGUAGCCUUGACUCAGAUGAGACUUUGGACUUUGUAACUUUGAGUUAAUGCUGGACUGAGUUUAGACUUUGGGAGACUGCCGCUGGCAAGGCAUGAAUGUCUUUUGCAAUGUGAGAAAGAUGAGAUUCGUGAGAUCAGAGAGAGAAAAAAUAUCAUUUGUCUCUAUGUCCCUACCAAAACUCAUGUGGAAUUAUAUUCUCUAAUGUUA